UUGGGUCGCGCUGUUGCCGCACAGCCAUGUUUGCGCCACCUACAGCCCCGGAGGAUGAGCGUCAUGGCUGCUCCUGGCCCUCUCCCCGUGACCCCGGAACUGCCCACGCUGCGUGCCAAGUUGCAGGGACUACUGCGGUUCUUGAGGGACGCCUUGUCCAUUUCCAAUGCACAUACGGUAAACUUCUACACAGAGUCCGUGUGGGAGGAGCUGGUCGACUUGCCCCCGGAGACCGUGCUGACAGCGCUGAGGAGGUCGGUGGCGGAGGCAGAAGCCCGGCCUUCCGAGUCGCGCCCCCUAGUGGAAGCAGAGAAGGGAUCAGGUACGACUGAUUUUCCCAAAAUAUUUUGUGAAACUUCUCAGAAGCUGGUGAAUGUGGAAGCAUUUGCUUGGGUUGCAAAAUAUUAUUCCAUACAAAACUUGGAAAUAUGUACUCCUUUUGAGCAGCUGCUUGCAGCCCUUCUAGGAAACCAAAAACAGAGAACUGGUGAAACUGUGAAGCCAAUUGAGUUUAUGAAUGUGAAAAAAUCUCAUGAAGUUCAGGCAAUGUCAGAGCUGAUCAGCAGCAUUGCUGCUUACUAUGGAAUAAAGCAAGUAAUUGACUUGGGUUCCGGUAAAGGCUACUUAAGCUCCUUUUUAUCCUUGAAGUAUGGAUUAAAAGUUUAUGGAAUUGAUUCCUCAAAUACCAAUACUCAUGGAGCUAAGGAAAGAAACAGAAAACUGAAGAAACAUUGGAAACUCUGUCAUGCUCAGGCAAGAUCAGAUGUCAAUGGACUGACAUUAAAAAUGAAAAAAGAAAGGAAAGUGCAAAAUGAAAUUAAAUAUAAAACAAAGAUCCAGGAAGAAUGUAACAAUAGUCUUGCAAAGCAAGAAAAGAUGUCUACCUCAGAGUUUUUGCCAGAUUUUUCAGGCUCUGUAAUUUCCACCAACAGAAAACAAAUGGAAAACCUAUAUUCUCAACCACAUCAAGAAGAAAAUUUGUGUUUUGAAAACACCUUUUCUCUUAUAGACCUUUUCUCUAUUAAUGCUGUUGAGUCUACUUCUUCAUUGCAAAUACCCAACAGGGAGAUGUCUGAAACCCAUAAAGAGAGAAGAAAAAUGACAUCAAAGUCAAGUGAAUCAAAUAUAUAUUCACCUUUAACCUCUUUUAUCACUGCUGAUUCAGAACUACAUGACAUUAUUAAAGAUCUAGAGGAUUGUUUGAUGGUGGGUCUACACACUUGUGGUGAUCUUGCUCCAAAUACUCUGCGAAUAUUUACUUCCAAGUCUGAAAUCAAGGGAGUUUGCAGUGUGGGUUGUUGCUACCACCUCUUAUCUGAAGAGUUUGAAAACCAAACUAAAGAAUGUACUCAAGAAAAGUGGGGAUUUCCAAUGUGCCACUAUUUAAAAGAAGAGAGAUGGUGUUGUGGUCGUAAUGCCAGAAUGUCAGCAUGUUUGGCAUUGGAGCGGGUUGCAGUUGGCCAAGGGCUGUCUACUGAGUCACUCUUCUAUCGUGCCGUUCUUCAGGAUAUUAUUAAAGAUUGUUAUGGCAUCACCAAAUGAGGAUUUUAUACCUCAUAACAAUGCAGCAUAGAAGUAUGAGUGACAAGUAUGCCUUACCUCUGUCAAGCUAAAGCAGAAGAGCUGUUUGUGAACGGAGAUGAGGAAAACAAAAUCUAGAACACAGGCAUAUUCUCAGACUGAUGAGUUUUAGGAAAGUGGAUAUAAGGAAGUAGAUGAUCUAUAAAUUGAUUUCUUUAAAACCAUAGCCAACUGUAUACCCUUUUGAAAGUCUUUGUAGGCCUCUAAUAUAUACCUGUAUGAAGACCACUGUUUUAAAUCACUGCAGUUAACCUAUUACAUUCCUUGAUUAAGUGGCCACUACAUAUUUGUACUAACAGUAAGUAGAACCUAUUGUACAAGUAAUAGGUAAAACCAAACUUUUAACAACUCAAGGUACUUAUUCAAAAAUACCAACACACUGAUAUUCCCAAAAUAAAUAGACCUAACCUAACAUUUCUGUAGGAGUUAACAGUUUACCAAUAUUCUCCACAUACAUUAUCUUCUUUAUAUCUUUACAUUACCUUGUGAAAUAGAUGCUACCUCUGUUUCACCUCACUGUUCUCAAUGAAGAAAUUGGAGCUCCAGAGAUAAUUUGUUUACAGAGGCUGAAAUUUAGAUCUUCUGACUCCUAGUCCAAGUGUUUCUUUCCAGUAUAACACUAUUUCAAAGAGAGUGUACUUGAUAAAAUUAGAGCAUUCCUGGAGCCUGUCUAGAGAAAGAGUUCUUAGUGCCAAAGAGAACAAACUUUGGAUUGUGGUCUGAUUCUUUCUCUUACCCUGCUGUCAUUGUCAUGCUUAUUGGACGAUCUAUUUUGUGUCAAGCAUUGCCCUCUGUGCUCUUAGGCACUGUCUGAGGCCUUACAGAUAAUUUGUCAAAUAAUUUAUGGACUCUGCAAUCAAAGAGCUCACUCAUAAUAGAGUGACAAAGAGAUACCUAUUAAGAAGAAAACUCUUACACAUUACUGGAGACGUUACUAGAGAAUCAAAAGAAUAAUACCAUUAUCUUUGCAGAUAAUUUGUCAAAUAAUUUAUGGACUCUGCAAUCAAAGAGCUCACUCAUAAUAGAGUGACAAAGACAUACCUAUUAAAAAGAAAACUAUUACACAUUACUGGAGACAUUACUAGAGAAUCAAAAGAAUAAUACCAUUAUCUUUCUCAGUAGAGUAGUAAGCAAUUUUGGGAACUACUAGUCCAGUGGUCUUAUUCUAGCAACAGUACCCAUUGUUUAGGAUGGUGCCCAUGCUUUCUGAGCCCAAUAACCAAAGGACUCAUAGUCUAAUGAAUAAGAGAAUUUAUAUAGAAAAAUCCAUACUAGACAGUGGCAACAUAGAGUGGGAGUUGUGUAUUACAAAAUUUACCCUUUAAAAAUCUGUACAUUUCCUGCAUAGCACAGUAUAUAUGCAUUUAUAUAUAGCUCAAGUAGAAAUAUAAAUGUGUAAAAUGUUUAAGUGCAUAUUGUUUGCCUGUGUAUAGUAUAAAACACAUAAGUAAAAUACUUUAUAAUACUUUUAACAGCAUAUCAAGUCAAUAUAUUGAAUUCACAUAAAUUAUUAUAAGAUUCAGUUCUUCUCUAUCCUUUGGUCAUGUGACAUCCACCAUAAAGUAAAUGGUUUUAAGAUAUGGGAUCAUAGGAAGGUUUUGUUUGGGAGUUUUUUAUUUGAUUAUGUUUUCAGAGAGAGAAACUUGAGCAUUUUCAUAUGAUGAGAAUAAAGACCUGGUGAGUAAAGAGAAUUAAUUUGAAGAUAUGGAAGAGGAGACAGGAGGAGGUGGCAUACAUAUUCCUGAUCUAAUGCAUUUUCUGACAGAAAACAUUAACAUUCAUACAUUGCUUAAUGAUGAUAUUACAUUCUGAGAAAUGUGUGGUUAGGCAAUUUAACCAUUGUGCUACCAUCAUAGAGUGUAUUUACAAAAACUUCGAUGGUAUAGCCUACUACACAUGUAGGCUAUAAGGUAUAGCCUAUUGAUCUUCGGCUAUAGAACUGUAGAGCAUGUAUUUUACUGAAUACUGUAAGAAUUAAAACAUAGUGAUAUGUAUUUUUAUAUUUAAACAUAUGCAACCAUAAGAAAUAUACAAUGAAAAUAUAGUAUAAUCUUAUGGGA